AAUAUGCAAAGUGUCUGAAAGGGGAUAAAAAAAAAUUACAAAAUAUGGUGCAGAUGGCUUGGACAUUUGUGAAUGACAGUUUAUGUACCACUUUGAGUUUACAAUGGGAACCAGAAGUGAUUGCUGUGGCUCUUUUGUAUCUUGCUGGAAAGUUCAUUAAGUUUGACGUUAUUGAUUGGUCAGGUCGCACAGCAGAACAUCUACACUGGUGGGAUAUGUUUGUUGAAGAUCUCACAAUUGAUCUGCUUGAAGAUAUUGGUCAUCAGGUGCUAGAUCUGUAUACAGAGCCCCAAACAUUAACACCUCCUGACUCUCUUCCUCUGUUGCCAUCUACUCACUCUCCAACAGUGAAGAAGGAAUGGAUAUUGCGACCAAUCUCUCCAGUACCUUCACGGCUCUCUCAAGCAAGUACAGGUACAGUGUUCAGUAUUACUGGUACUUUCAAAUUAAACUGCAAAAAGCAGAAAUGUGACAGCAACACAAUGUGUAUCAAGCAUUAAUUCUGUUUUUACAGUGAAAAUAUAAUAGAUUUGUCAAGAUACAUUAUGCUGAAACUACAGUCACAAGUCCCACAGACUGUAUAUCGCCACAUCUUCCUUGAGCUUCCCAUUCAGUAUAGCAUUGUUUGCAGGAAUGUUGGCAUUGGUAACAUGAUAUUCUUUGCUAGUGGCAAACAUUUGGGCUGCUUGACAUGGGCCAGAGGUGGGUGGAGGGCAAUACAUUUGUAGGAGAAAAGGGAGAAGCCAUGAGUGCCAUAACCCUCACCAUUAUUGGGGCUUAUAUUCAUGGCCUUAGUAUGUUGUGUCAUGUUCCUCCAUCCUAUGUGGAACAACAUAUGACCACUGCUGCAAGCUCCAUGUUGAAUUACAAUUGUUCUGUAUCACAUUAUGUUAUGUGAUUAUGAGCUUGCUUAACAACUUCAGAUACUUUCUGCACAGCCUUUCUUGAAACUACAGUCAUAAAACUUGCAGUAGCAUGUCAUAUUUUCUGUAGUUACUCCAUUUCAUAGGACAGUGGUUUGGAAAGAAAAUGGAUUUCACUGCACCAGAGAAGGCAUAGGGUAUGCUUUGAUUCAGUGAAACAUGAUCUGUGACUUAUUCAGUGCUAAGGUUACCAGUUUCCUAUGUUACAUGGGUCCCUUGUCACCAUGGCAUGGUGUGUUCUCAGGCUGUUGAUGGAAGAGAUGCCCUCCAGGUAUGGAGGGUAGCUACGAAUAUAUUGAAUAAGUAGUCAUGGACAGCCGACAAAGGGGUGGUCCUCCAGCCUGGGGGUUGGACAUGGGGCUAGAAACUCCUCACUGUGAAAAAAAGCUUGUUACGAAAAUUCUCAAGAAGCCUUGGACCUGAUAAGAUUCUGUGGAUAAACGACCUAAGCAAAAGAAAAUGGAUAUGAGAUUUGGUACUCAGAAUGCUAGAAGUAUGUAUAGGGCAGGAUCGCUCAGGGCAGUGAUGAAGAAAUCUCAAAAUAUAAGUUAGAUUUAGCGGGAGCACAGGAGGUCAGAUUGGACAGAGAUGGCACUGAACCAGCAGGCGAAUAUACAUUUUUCUGUGGCUAGGGGAAUGCGAAAAUGAAUUAGGUACAGGUUUUUUUCAUAU